GAGAGGUCUGGCAGGCGGCCGGGAGCCUUAACGAGGCUUUAAAAAGCUCGUCAAGCUGCCCCCCCCUGAUAUAACCCCGCUUCGCCUUCUCCGGGAGGAGGACGAGGAAGGGGGCUGCGCUCUUCCUCCCCGGUGGGAGCUGGGGAUCCGAGGUUUUGGGGGGGAAGCGGUGGAUGAACGUGAAAUCCUCGUCUGCUUUCCGAUCGGAGCGCAGCUUUCACCGGUCGGUGUCACCCACCGGCACUAUGGAACUUUUCGGGAGCUUUGUCCGGCCCCGUGGCGAGACCUUGGGAUUCCCAGCAGCUCGUCCUGGCAACACCGGCACAGUGAAGACCUUGGGCAACACCUAUCAGUUCACGGUGGACGUCAGCGACUUCGCCCCUGAGGACAUCAUCGUCACCACCUCCAACAACCAGAUCGAGGUGCACGCUGAGAAGCUGGCUGCGGACGGCACUGUCAUGAACACCUUCACCCACAAAUGUCAGCUGCCUGAAGACGUGGACCCCACAUCAGUGUCAUCCUCGCUGGGGGACGACGGCACAUUGACCAUCCGGGCUCAGCGACAGCCCGCCAAGCACACCGACCACGUCCAGCAAACCUUCCGGACUGAGAUCAAGAUCUGAGGGGUCGGGGGUCCAAUUUCCCCUCCCCUUAUUAAUUAUUUGGGUGAUUUGGGAAGGAGGUGGGACGUGGGGUAGGGAACGGGAACGCUCCCCUGCAGGGUCAGACCCAUGCCGAGGGGCUGGCGUGGAGAGACACAUCCCAUCACCCACCGGAGAAAUUCCGGAGGGAAGUCUCGGCUCCGGGCUCCAGCAGUUUUUAGCCAGUGAGGAUUGAUGGGGAAGAUCCAGCAUGCCAAGAGCCCCGCCGGGAGUGAGGAGCAAGGUUCCCUUCCCCAACCCUCUGCCGGAGCUUGUCUCUGUAUAUACAGCCUGUGAUAAAUUAUUGAGAAUGCCUGA